UUUAAUUCUCACCCGACUUCGGAUCUUCCAGGUGGUAUUUUCGUGUGCCUUAAAACCUAUGCCUGCUUUUGCUUUACACAUGUGGGUCUCUAUGCGGAACAGUCUCGGAACACCUUAUUCCUUCAUAUUUUGAGUAAAAAGGUGAGGUGUUCAAUCUUUUCCAAAACUCAGUUUCACGAAAGUGCCAAACAAGUGUCGUCCACUUUGCUGAAGUACAAAGAUAAGUAUUAUAGAACAUGUCAGUACGUAAUCGCAGCAACAAGUGCCGAGCGGAUAGCUUUGCUACAAAGUGCCAGCAAUGCAUGGGACGGAGAGAUAAAACAAAUAACUAAACACGCCAACCUCGAACAGUUAUCUAAUGGAAAAAUUAUUCCAAUGAGUGGUUGGACUUGCGAAGCCGACGGUUGUACUAUGAAUGAAAACUUAUGGUUGAAUCUCACUGAUGGUGCUAUUAGAUGUGGCAGAAGUCAAUUUGUAGCCGAAGGUCAAAUGUGCAAAGGAAACAAUCACAUGAAACAGUAUUAUGAUGCUACAGGGUAUUUAUCCUUUGGUUGUGAAGCUUGGCACUAUUUCAAUUACGACGAGGAUGAUGCUGUCAUCGAUCCCAAUUUAGAGAAGCAUUUAGCUCAUUUUGGUAUUGAUCAGAAGAAAUUGAAGAAGACCGAGAAGAGCACUCUGGAAUUGGAACUGGACAUGAACCAAAAGUGGGAAUGGGCAAAAUGCCAAGAAGAUGGCGCAAGUUUGGAAAAUAUCUUCGGACCAGGUUAUACCGGUCUGAUCAAUAUCGGGUCCAGCUGCUACAUGAACUCGGUUUUACAAUCUCUUCUUGUGGUUCCAUCGUUUGUGACGAGGUUCGUUGAUGGCGCUGGUCCGAUACUGGCCAGAGUUCCUCCCCUCGAUGUUCACCACGAUUUCAACGCACAAGUGGCUAAGUUGUUCUCGGCUAUGGCUAGCGGAGAUUACUCGGUGGAAAAUAGCACCCUGAACGGUAUAAAGCCAUCGCAGUUCAAACGUGUAGUUGCUGGAAAUCAUCCAGAGUUUUCUUCCAGUAGACAACAGGAUGCAGAGGAGUACGUUAGAUUCUUGCUAGACAAAAUUUCAUCAAAUACGCCUGUCGAGGUCAAUGAUCCAACGUUAUCAUUAAAGUUCAAGAUGGAAAGUAGAUUCGAAGAUAUUGCAUCCUCAAUGGUAAGGUACACAGACAGAGAAGAAACGGUACUCGCUGUGGCUGGUGAUGGAGACGGGCAACGCUCCACUGUUGCACUUACUGACUGUCUUUAUGCACUGUUCGAACCAGAUACGAUAGAGGACUUCGUUAGUCCUGUCACGAAAGAGAAGAAAGGAGCGCGUACAACCCUACGGUUCAAGACUUUUCCUGACUUCCUUUUUCUGCAGGCACAGGUGAGCAAAAGAUUCACUAUGUCUCCAGAUUUCACUGUGAAGAAGCUUGAUAUAGAUUUGCUGGUCCCGGAUGAAAUCGAUCUAUCCGGUCUUCGAGGAAUAGGGAAAAAGGAGGACGAGACUCUUCUUCCUGAUGACGCAACAGCAUCAGUGCCCUUUCUUUUCAAGUUAGAAGCGAUGGGAUUCACGCGAAAUGCUUCCAUAAAAGCUGCCAUAGAGACUGGUAGAAGUGGAGGUGUAGAAGCAGCCGCUGAAUGGGUUAUGUUACGCCUGGACGACCCAUCACUCAAUGAUCCUCCAGCCGUCGCUCCUGGUGGUCGUUCAGCUUCUGCAGGACCGGCUCACCUGGAGGGGCUUGAUGAGCUGGUAGCCUUUGGUAUGAAUUUUCUAUCUCGUGUCAUCAUAGGUUUCACGCCUCACCAGGCUCGUUAUGCUCUGAAUCGGAAUCCGGACGCGAACGCAGCUGCAGAGUGGUUGUUUAUUCCUCCGGAGUGUGGCGCUGCGGUUCCCGGGGAAAACACGACGCCUUUGGAGCCGGCUACAUCUCGGGAGUACAGUGAUGGAAGUGGAAAAUAUCGUCUCGUCGCCUUUAUUAGUCACAUGGGUAAUAGUCCGCACUCCGGCCACUAUGUGGCUCACGUGAAAAAGGAGCACAGAUGGAUCCUUUUCAAUGAUGAGAAAGUGGCGAUAUCACAAAAUCCACCUCGUCAGUUAGCCUAUCUCUAUCUAUUCCAAAGAGCAGAGUAA